CCUCGUCGUCCUCGACCUUCUGCUAGCAGGUUGUGUGAUAAUAGUUAAUAUUGUUGUCCUGUUUGCUGCGCUGUGUGUUAUGAGGGAGUGCAAUUGGUUUCCAUGACCUUCAUCAGACACCAAUUGUAGCGCUAUCGCCCUCUCUGGACUACUCUAGGGAGGGGAAGGAUCGCGGUUGGCUCCGGAAGGGGGGCAAUCAUGUUGCGGUAGCGGUUGGCGGGUGUGGGACUUCUUGGGACCGCGGAGAUUUCUAGGAUUGCUGUUGAUCCUUGCAAAUCUGCCUGGUUUUUGAGAUUCACCGUUCAAUUGGAUCAGAAUUUUAUUCUCUGGGGAUUCAUUUUGCAACUCUCACUCCCAUUUUGUGAAUGCCACGGGGUUCCCCUUGUUGUAGGAACCACUCCAUCGACAGUUUCAUGCCCCUCGCUUUCUUUUCUACAUGCUUUGUGCCGGUGAGAUCAAGCUAUUACGUGGACAACACCUGUCGGCACUAUGGUUGAAGGGAAAGACAGUCGACUGGACACAAGAAAAGCAGAUUCGAUCAACAUCCAGGACCCUCAACAACGAAGUCGUAGCUUGCGAUCAAGACAGAAUCGCAAAAAGAAUGAAUGGCGUCCUGUUUCUGGGGGUUUUGUAGUUCCAUCGGAAUCUCAAAUCAACGCACCAGUAGUUGGGGAGAGAGACGAAAGUUCACGGAAGCUCAAUGUUAGUGAUGGAGAAGAAGAGAUUGUAUGGAGUGGACGGGAGAAGCUACCUGAGGUAUCGCAGGGCUUGGGCAUGAAGAAUGUCGCUUUCCAUGAGAAUUUCAGAGGAACGAUUUCAAAGAAUACAAGUCCUAGAGGAGGCUCACGAAGAGCACCUGUUCCAUGUAAAGUUCCUGCAUCCGUACCUGUUCCAGGUUCUUCUUUCACGAUGCCAUUAGCAAUUUCGUCGUGCGCGGAAAACAGAGAUGGUUUCGAAGAGGGCAACUUGGUUCUGCAAAGUAGAGGGUUUAAAGAGACUCAAGGUCCUCAUCAACAUAGGCCUCUGCAUCACGACUCAAGAACGAGGACGCGAAACGAAAAGAAGGGCUCUGGAGAAUGGCAUCCACAGUCUCAAAUUCCUCAUUUUGCUAGCACAAAUGAGUUUUUAGGAUUGCCGUCAGUUCCGUGCUAUCCCGACCGUGAGGCGGCUCCUGAGUUGGUGGAUCCCAUUUUUGUUCGUGCACCAUUUUACGACUAUUGCAGGGGACAAUACGCACCAAGUUUCGUUCCUCUUGGUGCCCACCCAACGGGCUUGGAGAAGGAUUGGCGCCCCCUGUCUGGUUGCCCGAUUGCUUCACAGGAGUUCUCCCAUGAUAACUUCCUGGUUAGCAGCCAGCAGCAAUGUAGCCGAUCAAAUGGGUUUGGCAGGGGCAAGAAAGAUCAAGCCAACAUGAACAUUCGAAAACGAAAAGGGAAGGGUCGUGGCAACCGGAAUAGCAAGAGAGAGGAUUCAGUUAUGGUAACCAUUGUUGAGGAGGGUUCGAGGCGAGGAGCAGGUGCUGAAAGCAAGAAAUCUAAUCCUCCUCAGGUUCAAGGUCAGGGUAGACGUAAUUGGAAACCAUCACAAGAGGCUAGCAAGGAUGUUUUUGUGUCACAGCCAUUCUCUCCAAAUCACAACAGGCCUCAAACAAUCAAAGUUGGUGCUACGGAGGUAGCUUCCAUUGCAGUUGUCAAUAAUGGAACAGAAAGAGUCACGCUUUCGGCUGUGAGAUUGCUCUCUUCUAGCCCGAAAAGCUCUUUCCGUCUUUCCCUGGCCCCGCUUUUACGGGCUUUAUCAUCCUCCGAGAAGAACGUACCUGUGAUUGAUACGACUAAAUUAGCUCUAAAUUCCCAAAGUUUAGUUCGUCCAGGGCGACCUUGGCUCAUUGGACCGGGAUUACAUAUCACCUUCGAACUUGCGUGCACUGCAUCAACGUUGGGGUUACACAAAGCAGUACUACUCUUCAACGUUGGCACGCAGAAAAUUGUUCGUUAUAUCACUCUUAUUUGCGAAGAUGACAUUGCGAAGGCACUGGCACCAAUUGAACCAUAUGUUCGCUUGCCUCGUCCACGCGUCCGGAGUUUCUACAAGUUUGUUCCUGGCAUACCGCCCCCCUUGCCAUUGUUCAAGAAAAGGUUAGGAAUUUACCCUAUCCCUCCAAACGUAAAGGAAGCCAUUUUGACGAAAGAGACUCUACCAGUGUUCUCAGAAGGGCUUCGCAAGGAAAACUAUUUCGAAUAUUUUUCCACGCUUAUGUUUGCCGAGGAGCUGCAAAUGGAGGUAGAUAUCCGAGCAUAUGAUAUGCAGAAUGUAACUAUGUGGAAAGUGAGCCACACGUUACUCGGGCUUCGCGUGCCAGGUCUGGCAGAAAAGCGACCCUCUGUUAUCUAUCGUGACAAAAUUUAUGCGAGGCCUUCUGGAACAACAGCAACAGAAUUUCAGGGAUAUGUGCACAAAGUACAAGCUAAUGAAGUGCAUUUGAGAUUCGGUGAUGCGUUUAACAAAGGCUUCAUCAGCAAUUCUCGCUAUGACAUCCGCUUCUCAUUUGGUCGGGUCAACAUCAGACGUGCCCAUCAAGGAAUACAGGCCGCCAAGGCUCUAUUGGACUCCUUUCUCUUUCCAACUACAGUUGUUCCCUCUAGGACAGAAUCUAGCAAAAAGCUCACCCCAUUUAACAGGGCUGCCAAUGCCGAGCAAAUGAGUGCUGUGCAGGAAAUUCUGAAGAAGAGAGGAUCGCCCCCUUAUCUGAUCUAUGGUCCACCUGGAACAGGGAAAACUGUGACUGUUGUUGAAGCCAUGCUGCAAGUUAAAAGAGCUCAUCCGAAUGCUCGCAUUUUGGCAUGUGCGCCUUCAAACUUGGCUUCUGAUUUAUUGCUUGAACGUCUCAUUGGUUCAGUCGAAAAGCGUGACAUGCUGCGUCUCAAUGCAUAUACCCGGCCCGUGGACGACGUUCCUUCACACAUCAUCCCUUUCUGUUCGAUUGAGAAUGAUUUCUUUUGCACCCCUGGUCUGGCUUCUCUGGAGAAGUACCGCAUUGUGGUAACUACAUAUUGGAGUGCUGCGAUGCUGGAUGCCCAGGAAGUUCAUCCUGGUCACUUCACACAUAUUUUCUUGGAUGAAGCAGGACAAGGGACAGAACCUGAAACAAUGGUCUCAAUUGGGAACCUCGCCAACAAAAAUACGGUUGUUGUGCUUGCUGGUGAUCACCAACAGCUUGGGCCCUUGAUUCGCUCGCCAGUUGCACUAAAGUAUGGACUUGACAAGUCCUAUCUGGAAAGAUUAUCUAGUCUCACAUCUUACCUGCCAUCUAGUGGAAAUGGUCAGUCUCUUGUUUAUAACAACAGCAUGGCGACCAAGCUUGUGCGGAAUUAUCGUUCCCACCCUGCAAUUUUGGACCUACCUUCACGCCUCUUCUAUGAUGGAGAGCUUGUAGCAUGCGCGGACGAAAGCCGGAACUCGCUGCUCGAUUGGGAUGAGCUCCCGAACAGAAAAUUCCCAAUUCUCUUUAUUGGGAUGGAAGGUCGGGAUGAGCGAGAGGGUACCAGUCCUUCUUGGUUCAAUGCCCAAGAGGCUAGCAAAGUUGUGGAUAUUGUUAAGAAGAUUAAGAAAUAUCGUCGCAGUCGAGUUAGCCUGAAAGAUAUUGGUGUCAUUUCUCCGUAUAACCAGCAGGUCAGCAAGCUUAAGAAGGCCCUUGCAAGUCAGAAUUUAGGAGAUGUGAAGGUGGGGAGUGUGGAGGCCUUUCAAGGACAAGAGAAACGUGUGAUUAUCAUAUCGACAGUGCGCUCGAGCAAGGAAUAUGUGGAGUUCGAUAAGAGGCACAAUCUAGGGUUCCUUACUAAUCCGAAGCGAUUCAACGUUGCAAUUACACGUGCGAAAGCUCUUCUAAUAAUUGUUGGCAACCCCCACGUUCUCUCCCAGGAUCGAUGCUGGAAUGAGCUCUUACGGUACUGUACAGAAAACAACAGCUACAUUGGUUGUGCUUCUCCCUUUGAAAUCAGCGAGGAGAGUAAGCUGCUGCAUUUGGCAAUUAUUCACAACUGGUUUGAUGCGGAGGACACAGCUGACAAUGAUGGAUUGCCAGUCUCGCUUAAGGCAACAGUCGAAGACCCUCAGUGGCCCGAUGGCACAUGCUAACGCACAAUGACCGCUAAGUACUUGUAUCCUAGGCCCGUCGUCGCUGAAUGCAGGCGUAAAAAUAAACCUCUCAUGUCAUUCCCAUCAAGUCUUUCCAGGUUGAACAUGUUUCCCGACAUCGUACCGGAUUGCAUCGGCUCAUGUUCAAGGGGUGGCUGGCAGGUAAGCGUUCGAUACCCCAUGUAAAAGUUGUUUUGAACUAGGGCUGGAGAGAGCGUUAUAAUGAUAAAGACAGGUUUAAGUAUCCUCAAGAUUAGAAUUGGCAAUUUUCUCUCCUUACCAUAUCACCCGAACAGUGAAAGUGUGAAGUGCCCGAUUUUUCUUACACGGAUUGUGAUAGAUAAAGAAAUAAACGUGCACAUUUGUUUCACUUUGC